AUGUCGACUUCACACCACCUCCCGACAUCUGACGCCCAGGAAUGGCGUGAGAGUGUGCUCAGUACACGAUCCCUCUCCUACAUCAGCAACGCCGGCACGCCUCGACCAGCGAAUCCACAUUACUACCGCGCCCCAACACGACAAAGCACUCUCAACAGCACGAGCGAGUACUCAGAGGACGAAGAUCUGGAGAUGGCGGGCACUCAGCCAGAACCUCAGGCUCCCGCCUUGAACGAUAGACCCGAACUCCCAGACAGCGUCGCCAACUCACUGCUGUUUGAGCUGCCCAGGGAGAUCCGCGACCGCAUAUACUCACUGUGCCUGAUGUCAAGAGAAGCCUUGCCCGUGGAGUGGCCCCGUCCAAGAGACGCGCAUACCAGGUACAACCUACAACCGCAAUUGUUGAGGGCCUGUAGAAUCAUACACGACGAGUCUGCAGCGCUACUAUACACUCUCAACAACAUGACAUUCCAUCAUCCGUCAGACGCCAACAUGUUCGUCAAAGCGAUAGCCUCCUCGCCAAUGUAUGGUCAACAGAUCACCAACCUUAGUCUACACAUCAAGGCCCAGGACAUGCGUAUAUGGAUGCCGUACAUUACAAGCACGGACGAGUCUCGAAGUCUCAAGGCAGACUUUCCCAACCUCAAGGAGCUCGGUGUACGCUUCCGUAGUAACAAGUGGGCACACCAACACACACCAGACUCCAACCUCAAGACAUGGCACGAGGAUAGCCGACUGGACGAAGUCAUCGACGGACUGCGUCAUGUCUUCAUGCCAGAGAGCCUUCCAGAGCCGAUCAGUGAGCGCGACUUCCAGGAAUACAUGGCACAAAAUCCCACAGCCUUUCAGGAAGCAGGAGACAACUAUCCGUUGAGGAAGCGACUGCUCGAGCUGCAGAAGGCUCGAGCCAAAGUGCCAAAGCAUCGCCACGAUGCUCCAGUCAUUCGAGUGUGCUGUGCUUGUCGAGUACAUACAUCUCAUUUCACCGCCCUUACUGAGCCACAGCUCACUGACGCAGCGGCGGGCGAGGAGUUACCACCUCCAGUACCUGUCAGAGAAGGCGAAGAGUUCAGCGGCUUCACUGCAGUCGACUUGCAGAAUGGCGUCAAGAGGCUCCAUGAUCCAGACCUUGGCUCUGCUAACGUUGCACGAACACCAUACGCGAACAAUAAUGGUAUCUUGAUCGCGCUUGAGAUUCAUUGCUUAGAUCCGAAGAAGGACUCUGCGGAGCGGACAGCUUGA